ACUCCUCCCCGCGCGCCUUGCUGCCCCUCCCCCGGCCGUGGCCGGCGGCGGUAGCGGGCGGAGCAGGGGAGGGGCGGGCACCCGAAUAUGCAGAUGAGCGCGUGACGGACAGCUCCGCGUUCCAAUGUCCCUCGGAAACUCGAGCGCUCGUUCCUCAACUCCUCACUCCCGACUCGAGACUCCCCCAAACCCCGACCGCCGGCCUGGCGCGCGGCUGCGCCCACCGGCUCCGCGCUGCCGCCGCUGUCGCUGCCACCCCACCGAUCCCCAGCCCGCAGCCGCCCAGGCGACUGCCCAAGCUAGCCAGCUCCGGCCCGCAGCCCGGGUGCCCACCGCCGCGCCGCGCCCCGGCCGGGCGUGGAUGGAGGGCGCCGCGCGCGCUGCCCGCUGCUCGGCGUGACGCGGGCCCUGCGCCCCGCGCCCACCAUGUCCUACCCGCAGGGCUACCUGUACCAAGCGCCCGGGUCGCUGGCGCUCUACUCGUGCCCCGCGUACGGCGCGUCCGCGCUGGCGGCGCCGCGAAGCGAGGAGCUGGCGCGCUCGGCGUCUGGCUCGGCUUUCAGCCCGUACCCGGGCUCCGCGGCCUUCACGGCACAGGCGGCCACCGGCUUCGGAAGCCCGCUACAGUAUUCGGCCGACGCUGCCGCCGCUGCCGCCGGCUUCCCGUCCUACAUGGGCGCGCCCUACGACGCGCACACGACCGGGAUGACCGGCGCUAUCAGCUACCACCCUUAUGGAAGCGCGGCCUACCCAUAUCAGCUCAAUGACCCGGCGUACCGUAAGAACGCCACGCGUGACGCCACGGCCACGCUGAAGGCCUGGCUGCAGGAGCACCGCAAGAACCCCUACCCCACCAAGGGCGAGAAGAUCAUGCUGGCCAUCAUCACCAAGAUGACCCUCACGCAGGUCUCCACCUGGUUUGCCAACGCGCGCCGGCGCCUCAAAAAAGAGAACAAGAUGACAUGGGCCCCGAGGAACAAAAGCGAGGACGAGGACGAGGAAGACGGCGACGCGGCGCGGAGCAAGGACGAGAGUCCAGACAAGGCACAAGAGGGCACGGAGACCUCGGCGGAGGACGAAGGGAUCAGCCUGCACGUGGACUCGCUCACGGAUCACUCCUGCUCUGCCGAGUCAGACGGAGAGAAGCUGUCUUGCCGCGCCGGAGAUCCUCUGUGUGAGUCGGGCUCAGAGUGCAAGGACAAGUACGACGACCUGGAGGACGACGAAGACGAUGAGGAGGACGAAUGCGAGCGGGACCUGGCACCACCCAAGCCCGUGACCUCCUCUCCGCUCACCGGUGUGGAGGCGCCGCUGCUGAGCCCGGCUCCCGAGGCCGUGCCCCGCAAGACACCCCUGGGCAGCCGGACGUCGCCGGGCGCGCCGCCGCCCGCCAGCAAGCCCAAGCUGUGGUCGCUGGCCGAGAUUGCCACGUCGGACCUCAAGCAGCCGAGCCUGGGCCCGGGCUGUGCGACCCCGGGGCUGCCUGCCGCUGCUGCACCCACCUCGACCGGGGCCACUCCAGGCGGCUCGCCCUAUCCGGCCUCGCCACUGCUGGGCCGUCACCUCUACUACACGACGCCCUUCUAUGGCAACUACACAAACUACGGGAACUUGAACGCGGCGUUGCAGGGCCAGGGCCUCCUGCGCUACAACGCGGCUGCCGCGGCCCCCAGCGAGACGCUGCACGCUGUGCCCAAGCCAGCAAGCGACGCGGGAAAGGCAGGCGCACACCCGCUGGAGCCGCACUACCGAGCCCCGGGCGGCGGCUAUGAACCCAAGAAAGAUGCCAGCGAGGGCUGCACGGUGGUUGGCGCAGGCGUCCAGCCCUACCUAUAGAAGGCCCAGCUCGGCAGCGCAAGUAGGUGUCACAAUUGCUUUGGAAAAAAAAGUCAGCAGGCCACGCUCUCUCAUAAAUACACAGAUACAAAAAGCAGAUCUCUAAAUCCGGACCGUAUCUUGUGCCACUGUAAAAGUGAAGGACCCACACAGCACGGUCAGCCACAGACCUAAGGACUGCCACGCACUGUUGUGGACAUAUGUGAACUUCUCGGCAUAGUAUAGCUUCCCCCAUGUAUGUGUGAAUUUUGAAAACAAUCUGUUUUUUCUCAGGAUAUCUUGAAUUGAUCACUUCAUUGCCACGGUAUAUAUUCUAUAGGUGUGAUAGGAUUUACUGUAAAAUUUAUUUGUAAAAGAUGUACACAGUAGAAAUAAAACGUGAUUGAAGAACUUGAGUACUUCACAAGUGAAAACAAAUUUGAUAUUUAUUUUUAUAAUGAUAUAAAGCUUCUAGUAAUUUAUGCAAGUUGUAUUGCAAUGGAAUCUAAACUUUUUGUAAAUAAAUUCUGCUUGGUUUUUAUUUGAACAUUGCCGGUUAUACAAUCUUUGUUGGUUGUUUAACAUGAAUUCUUUACUAAUUUAUAUCUUAAAUUGUAAAUAAAAACAGACUAGUCUACAAUAA